AUGGAAGUGACUUCGUUUUUUCAAUUUAUUAAUUAUUUCUUUUCUUUUCUGUCUUUCUUUUCUUUUCUUUCUUUUCUUUUUUCUUUCUUUUCUUUUUUCUUUCUUUUCUUUUUUCUUUCUUUUCUUUUUUCUUUCUUUCUUUUUCUAUUUCUUUCUUUUCAUCCUUUACUUUAUUGGUUUCAGUUUUCUUUCUUUACUAAAUUCUCUUUUUUUUUCUUUCUCUCUUUCUUUGUUUCUUUCUCGCUUUUUUCUUUCUUUCUUUUUUUCAUGCCUUCUUUUUUUUCUUUUCUAUCUUUUACUGGUUUCAUUUUAAAUUUUCUUCUUUCUUUCUACCUUCAUCAUUUUUCUUUGCAAUAUCUUUCUCAUUUCCUUUUCAUUUUUCCCAGCUAUUUCUUUUUCUUUCUUUCUUUCUUUCUUUCUUUCUUUCUUUCUUUCUUUCUUUCUUUUCUGUUUUCCUUUUUCCUUUGA